UAUGAUCACUAUUACAUGUAGAUUCACACAUCUCACUAUUGAACAAACUAAAAACUAGUAGAGAGAGAGAGAGAGAGAGAGAUAAAUUGAGAAGAGGCAAAAGAUACAACAAGGAGCUCAAUUUCUCUCCCUAGAGCUUAGAAAUGGCACAAUGCAUCCCUACUCGAGCGUCGACGAAUCCCUCCGUGUUAGAGAGACAAAGAGUGCGCCUUAAUUGGCAGCAGCAGCAAUCGACUGACAACACUGACUGCAUUGGUUACAACAAUAUUGAGAGUUUCGCUCCCCUCUCGUCUUUUGAUCAAUUGCCCAAGAAUUUUGUCGAUGGCGAGAGAUCUAGAAAUGAAAGUUUUGGUCAUGUUCAUGACCCGAUCGAAAGCCUCGGCGACGGGUGGCCGGAUUUUUCUAUGGUGAAUUAUCCAAACUUUUGCGCGAUCAAUGUCGGAGAAAAGGCAAAUGAUAAAGAGAAUAGCGAUAGCUCAAAGAAGAGAAAGUUCGGGAAUUUUUCGAAUUCACAGCAGGUGGAUGCUAACAAUGCAACAGAGAACAGUGGCAGCUCAAAGGGAAUGAAAGAAGAUUAUGUAUUAGGAGAGAGAAAGGGCGCAACCGGAAACCAAAAGCCUCAAAACAAGAAGGAAACAUCAACAGAAACCUUGAAGGAGAAUGGGAAGGCAUCCAGAUCGUCGACUACGACUACGCCGCUGAAGACCGACUACAUUCAUGUUAGGGCUCGCCGUGGCCAAGCCACUGAUAGCCAUAGCCUUGCUGAAAGAGUGAGGAGAGAAAGGAUAAGCGAGAGGAUGAGGUACCUGCAAGAUUUGGUUCCAGGGUGCAACAAGAUCACUGGAAAAGCAGGCAUGCUUGAUGAGAUCAUCAACUAUGUUCAGUCUCUUCAAAGACAAGUUGAGUUCUUGUCAAUGAAGUUAGCUGCUGUUAAUCCAAGGCUGGACUUCACUGUUGAUAGCUUCUUCAAUGAAGAGAUGAAUAUUGCUUGCAACACUGGCCUCAUUCAAGGGAUGAACAUAUUAUUACCUCAUGACCAAUUGGAUCCAUCCUACAUACAAUCCAACGCUCUACUACAUCAAGCACAAGUUGGUCCCUCAUCAAGUGGACUAGACAUGGCCAUGAGCACUACCCAACAAAUGACCCUUCAAUGUCCCAUGAGUGCACCCAUGCAACUGGUUAACACAUUCAUGGAUUCAUGCUACAACAAUGUACAUGGGUCUUCUUCUCUUUGGGACCAAGUUAGGUUGAACAACACCUUUGGAGCUCAUUUUUCUUUUCAAUCACUACAAGGGAACUGUUUACCAAACAAUCUUAAGACGGAAACGCGAGAGAUUUAAGAUUCUCCUAUUCGAGAUUUCUAAAUCAUUAAUCGCCGAGUCCGAAGAUUCUUUUAGAGUACAUAAAUUAGUGCUUCAAUUCAUUUUUCGAUAUCAUGUUGUACCAUAAUUGACCAUUUUUUCCAUUAUUCUAAGUACAUUUUGUAGAGAAGAGAGUGUAAUUUGACUUCAAUUCUUUUCUAAAAUUAAGCAUGUUUACUACUUUUUGAGCCAAA